UGCACAAAGAAAACAAGGAGCAAGAGAUCAUCAGGGAGAUCGAGAAGGAAACGGCGGCAAUGGCGGGUGGGGAAGGAGACGUGAAGCUGCUGGGCCUGCGGCUGAGCCCGUUCGUGGCCCGCGUGCGCAUGGCGCUGGACGCCAAGGGCGUGGCCUACGAGUACGUCGAGGAGGACCUCGCCGCCAAGACCGACCUCCUCCUCGCCUCCAACCCGGUGCACCGGAAGGUCCCCGUGCUCAUCCACGCCGGCAAGCCCGUCUGCGAGUCCCGCGUCAUCCUGGAGUACGUCGACGAGGCCUGGCCCAGCAGCCCCCGCAACCUCCUCCCCGUCGGCGCACUGGAGCGCGCCGCCGCGCGGUUCUGGGCCGCCUACGUCGACGGCGAGCUGUUCCCCGCCUGGGGGCGCGUCAUGAUGGCCGCGACGGAGGAGGAGAGGGCGGGGAGGGCUGCCGAGGCGGCCGAGAUGGUGGCGCACCUGGAGGAGGCCUUCGCCAGGUGCUCGAACGGUGGCGCGUUCUUCGGCGGCGACGCCGUUGGGUACGUCGAUCUCGUGCUCGGGAGCAACCUGUUCUGGUUCGAGGCGCUAAGGAGGAUGUUCGGCGUGAGGUUGAUCGACGAACGGAGGACGCCGCUGCUGGCGGCGUGGGCUGAGCGGUUCGGUGAAGCCGCGGCGGCGAACGGGGUGGUGACGGACACGCUCGUGGGCAUGGCCGUGGAGCACGCCAAGAAGCUCCGGGCUGCUGCUAUGGCCAGGAACUGAGCAGUGGAGCUGCUUCAGUUUUUUUACUCUAAUGUUAUGGAUCAGGGGUAGUUCAGUGAGAUUUAGCUUCAGGUGUACUUCUACUAGUCAUAAAAAAAAAUAGAUUUACACAAGAUCGAUACAUCACGUAUCCAUCACGUGGAACAAAAUUUGAGAACGAAAUUAGAACCGUGAAAUAAAGAAGACAGAUGCGUCCUGAGAUAGUAGUCACAAUCUGCUAAACAGGAGUAU